CGCGAGUAGCAUGCAGCAUGCUGCCAAUCCUAUUUUAUCUUAUGCAGGAAAGGCUGAUGAUAUACCCGACCAGCUUUCAACUAUCGAUGGGAGCUUCGAGUCAAUUCACUACGAGGACAGAUUCAUGCCGAUUCUGACAGCUUUGGCCAAUAAGCAAGAUCAGCCCUCAGACAAUGCCUCAAGGCGAGGCAGCGGCCAGCGCACUGAAAUAGCCGACAGAAUUGCAGCAAUGAAUUCGAUGGAUGACGGCAGAAGAGAGCGCUCCGACUUGAAAUCUAUAGCUUCAGACAAGGGCUUCAUAGCCCAGGAAAGCUAUUGGCGAACAGUACAUGGGUUUGAACCUUCGCCACUCAUACUCCCUACGGACCGUCCUCGUCCAGUUCAACAAUCUUUUGACGCAGCGCAACAUCUAAUCCGCAUCGAUGCUUCAUUGAAGAAAGCACUGAUAACCUUGAGCUACGAUUACGACUUGAGCCUGGCCAAUGUUUUGAUAGCCGGAUGGUCCGUGGUUCUGUCAAGACUCUCCGGUCAAACGGACAUUACUAUAGGCUAUUCUGGAAGCAACAGCACCAAGUACAUGACAGAUCGCCAGGAAGUGGCCAAUGCUCUUCCUCUGCGCAUUAACCUCUCUGAACACCCAACCACGACACAGCUGCUUGAUCACCUUCAAGGAGCCAAUAAUUGCAUGAAAGAACACAAUGGUUUUCCCAUCCACAAAGCUAUCCGCAUUAUGCAGUACCUACGUCCUCUUCCAGUGGCAUGA